AUGCGUGCAAAAACGAGCAAGGGAGAUUUCAUGGCUGUGGCAUACCCAGGGAGCGGUGGCGGUGCAGCGAAGAUAGGAGUUCUUGGGCGUGUGGUGCCGCGUUACAUCUUUAAGGUGGUGUGUAUGAGCGAAAACAAGGAAGCGGUAUUGAUGCGGGAUCACCCGGGCCUCUUUAACUAUAAGGUAUCGGUUAAGGAAAUGGAGACAGCAACCAAGGAUUAUGUGUGGAUGCAAAUGGGGACGAUCGGGAGGACAAGUGAACUUGUAGAAGGCGGGUUGAUGGAUUUGCGAUCGGAGGUACUACUAAGAAAGUUAGAUAACUUAGAGCAGUCGCCGAUGUUUCGAGAGAUGGCAAGCAGACAAGCGUACAAAAAGAGUGUAAGAUGGUAUUUGGGGACCAAAAGGCGAAUUCGGAAUGGAGUAACGGAGCUGAUGGGAUGCGGAAUUCCGGAGACGGUGCUCGGUGGGCAAGGGUGCCGAAAGGGUGAAGGUGGUGAGCAUUACUUAUUCCACAGAUGGUUUGAGGGGUUUGUUGGGUGCGCAUUGGCAGCUGUAGAUGAAUGGAUUUUGAGGGAAGGCGUGUUUUUGAAGAUGUGGAGCUGUUUUGGGGAGACGGAAAAGAUGGUGCGGUGGAGGGCAAUUGGAAAAUGUGUACAUUGGCUGUCGUUGUUGGUAAUGAGGUUGGAAUAUGCGCAGCAUAGUGAAGCGGAAUCGGCGGAAAGGGAAUGGUGGGUGACACAAGCAGGAAGCGCACUGGUAAAGAUGAAGGACAGGUUUAUCGAAACGAGCCACAGAUGGUGAUGGAGACGGGCUGGGUCAGGCAGUAACAAGGACAAGGUGGCGCAACACUUUGCGCAAUAGAAGGCAUCGCGAGUGUGAAGGAGUCGAAUCUGACAUGCCAAUGAUUAAGGUAAUGCAUAGUUGAAAGACGGAAUAAAGGAAGUUGAAUUAUA